UGACGUUUGUUCGCGCUCAUCUAACCGAGUUCAGCGAGGGCAAAACUGUGCAGGAAGGUUAAUUCACUUUGAAUUAAACCGGGUCUCCCUUCGCUCCCGGUGGAUCCUCAAUCGAGAGAAAGAAAGAGAGUGUGACGUAACGAUUCUCUCCGGGCGAGUGACACCUAACCUCAACUCUCGUAAAUUGACUCGUUAGCUAAUCAACGAGAAAACGCUGUUCGCAAGUGAAGAAAUCUUGAAUAGUUUACUUUAGUAAUCGUUAAUGGAACGAAGAAGGCAAUAAACUGUGAGCGAUAACAUCGUCGUUCAAAUUCUUCGAUGUUCAAAUACCGGUUUACACAGUAGCGUAUUACGAGGGGGGACAAAGAAAUGUUACGGUGGGGGGAUCGUUCGCGCGAAAGUAAAUAUGGCAGAGAAAGAGGAUAAUAUGUCGAAGAGAGAAGCAGGGGACUGUUACCGUAUAAUAAUUAUCGAGCGAGCGAGUGAAAGGGACUUGUUCGGCCGGUUAAAGUAGUGGGGGAAGGAUUAUGAUGAGCCGGGGUGCCUUCGUGUCGCUUGUAAACUCGUAGUCCUCGUAGUACGUUUAGUACGAAAAGACGCUUCGUGCUGUGACGUCAACUUGUAUUUCAGUCCGGUCGCAUGAAGGAUCGUUUUCGAAACUGUGAUCGCGACCGACAUUCCAUUCUCUCGCACGCGCAAGUGGACGUGUACAACUCGUGUGCGUGUGUUUCGCUGGUAUUAAGUACUGUAAUUAUCGUGAAUACUCACAAGAAUCGUUGGUGAUCGUAAGUGUAGCGUGUGUGCAGCAGCAGGUAGUCGGAACGUCGACCGGCGGCCAUUAUUGUUGUCAACAUGGCGUCGAAAGGGAAGCUAGCGACCGAGCAUGGCCGAUCAGAUUCGUACAGGGUCGCCACGUUACCGAAAAUUCGCGACGACAACAAAACAGCCGAUGGGAUGUACAAGUCGCGGCGGAAGAACCCAAAGCGGAGGACGGACAAUUUAGAUGACCUGAAGCAGGAGUUGGACAUUGAUUUCCACAAAAUCACCCCCGAAGAACUGUAUCAGAGAUUUCAGACGCACCCCGAAAACGGCCUCAGCCAUGCGAAGGCAAGGGAGAAUCUGGAGAGGGAUGGGCCAAACUCGUUAACGCCACCGAAACAGACACCGGAAUGGGUGAAAUUCUGCAAGAAUCUUUUCGGUGGUUUCGCGUUGCUGUUAUGGAUCGGUGCGAUCCUUUGCUUCAUCGCGUACUCGAUCCAGGCGACGACCAGCGAGGAUCCGAACGACGACAAUUUGUACCUGGGUAUCGUGUUGGCGGCGGUGGUUAUAGUUACGGGCAUAUUCUCGUAUUACCAGGAGAGCAAAUCAAGCAAAAUCAUGGAAUCGUUCAAGAACAUGGUACCGCAAUUCGCGACGGUGAUCAGAGAAGGCGAGAAACUGACAUUGAGGGCGGAGGAAUUGGUACUCGGCGAUGUGGUCGAAGUGAAGUUCGGCGAUCGUAUACCGGCGGACAUAAGGAUCAUCGAAUCGCGUGGAUUCAAAGUGGACAACUCAUCGUUGACCGGUGAAUCCGAGCCACAGUCGAGGUCCCCAGAGUUCACGAACGAGAAUCCGUUAGAAACGAAAAAUCUCGCGUUCUUCUCGACGAAUGCCGUUGAAGGCACGGCGAAGGGUGUGGUUAUCUGCUGUGGCGAUCAGACGGUAAUGGGAAGGAUUGCUGGUUUAGCAUCCGGCCUUGACACCGGUGAAACGCCGAUCGCUAAGGAGAUACACCACUUUAUCCAUUUGAUUACCGGCGUUGCAGUGUUCCUCGGUAUAACCUUCUUCUUGAUAGCGUUCAUUCUCGGUUACCAUUGGCUUGAUGCGGUUAUCUUCCUCAUCGGUAUCAUCGUGGCCAACGUACCGGAAGGUUUGCUCGCUACCGUAACCGUGUGCCUGACGCUGACCGCGAAACGAAUGGCCUCGAAGAAUUGCCUGGUUAAGAAUCUCGAGGCUGUCGAAACUUUAGGAUCCACGUCGACCAUUUGCUCGGACAAAACUGGCACACUGACACAGAACCGGAUGACCGUCGCCCAUAUGUGGUUCGACAACCAGAUCAUCGAGGCUGACACAACGGAGGAUCAGUCUGGAUUACAAUACGACCGUACCAGCCCCGGCUUCAAAGCGUUGGCCAAGAUUGCUACACUCUGUAAUCGUGCCGAGUUCAAACCAGGCCAAGAGAAACAACCGAUCCUACAGAGACAGGUGAACGGUGACGCGUCCGAGGCUGCUCUAUUGAAGUGCAUGGAACUGGCGUUAGGAGACGUGAUGGGUAUCAGGAAACGCAACAAGAAGGUCUGCGAGAUUCCGUUCAACUCUACCAACAAAUAUCAGGUGUCCAUCCACGAGUCCGACAAUCCAGAUGACCCCAGACACCUGCUUGUAAUGAAGGGUGCCCCGGAGAGGAUUCUCGAUCGAUGCUCCACCAUAUUCAUCGGUGGAAAGGAGAAAGUUCUGGACGAGGAAAUGAAGGAAGCUUUCAACAAUGCUUACCUCGAGCUAGGCGGUCUUGGCGAACGUGUACUCGGCUUCUGUGACUACACGCUGCCGUCCGAUAAGUUCCCUAUCGGCUACAAGUUCAACUGCGACGAUCCCAACUUCCCGCUCGAAGGACUCCGUUUCGUAGGCCUCAUGUCUAUGAUCGACCCGCCGAGGGCUGCGGUACCCGACGCGGUCGCCAAAUGCCGUUCAGCCGGUAUCAAGGUGAUCAUGGUUACCGGCGAUCACCCGAUCACUGCCAAAGCCAUUGCCAAAUCCGUCGGCAUCAUCUCUGAAGGUAACGAGACUGUUGAGGACAUUGCUCAACGGUUGAACAUCCCAGUGUCCGAAGUGAAUCCCCGCGAGGCCAAGGCCGCCGUGAUUCACGGAACUGAACUCAGGGAACUGAAUUCCGACCAACUGGACGAAAUUCUCAGGUACCACACCGAAAUUGUGUUCGCCCGUACCUCGCCACAGCAGAAGCUGAUCAUCGUCGAAGGCUGUCAACGAAUGGGUGCUAUCGUCGCCGUAACUGGUGAUGGUGUGAACGAUUCGCCCGCGCUGAAGAAGGCCGACAUCGGUGUAGCCAUGGGUAUCGCUGGUUCGGACGUGUCGAAACAAGCAGCCGACAUGAUCCUGCUCGACGACAACUUCGCCUCGAUCGUGACCGGUGUCGAAGAGGGUCGUCUGAUCUUCGACAACCUGAAGAAGUCAAUCGCUUACACCCUGACCUCGAACAUCCCCGAGAUCUCACCCUUCCUGGCGUUUAUCCUUUGCGAUAUACCUCUGCCACUCGGUACCGUCACUAUUCUCUGCAUCGACUUGGGAACUGACAUGGUGCCAGCCAUCUCACUUGCCUACGAGGAGGCAGAGAGCGAUAUUAUGAAGCGACAUCCACGAAACCCGUUCACUGACAAGCUAGUUAACGAAAGUGGUGGAUGGCAGGUGCCGGCCAUCUCGCUAGCUUACGAGGCACCGGAGUCGGACAUUAUGAAACGGCAGCCCCGCGAUCCUUACAGAGACAAUCUUGUCAACCGAAGGCUUAUUUCGAUGGCAUACGGUCAGAUCGGUAUGAUCCAAGCAGCAGCUGGUUUCUUCGUGUACUUCGUAAUCAUGGCUGAGAAUGGAUUCCUUCCUCUGUAUCUUUUCGGUAUCCGAAAACAAUGGGAUUCCAAGGCUAUCAAUGAUCUUCGCGACAGCUACGGCCAAGAAUGGACAUACAAUGAUCGCAAGACACUGGAGUUCACCUGCCACACAGCCUUCUUCGUAUCAAUUGUGAUCGUCCAGUGGGCCGAUUUGAUCGUCUGCAAGACGCGACGUAAUUCCAUCAUUCACCAGGGAAUGAGAAACUGGGCCCUGAACUUUGGUCUGGUAUUCGAGACCGCCCUCGCCGCAUUCCUAAGCUACACACCUGGCAUGGACAAGGGUCUCCGCAUGUUCCCUCUCAAAUUCGUCUGGUGGUUACCCGCCCUUCCUUUCAUGCUCGCCAUUUUCAUCUACGACGAGACGAGACGAUUCUACCUCCGCCGGAAUCCAGGAGGCUGGCUCGAGCAAGAAACUUACUAUUAGACGCAAAGAAGAAUUUAAUCAUACACGCAGAGCGCGCGCGCAAGAGUACAGAGCGAGAGUAGCAGUGAGAAUGUUGAGAGAGCGAGAGAAACGUGAGUGAAAGAUAAACGUGAGAGAUAGAGAGGGAGAAAAUGAGAUAUGCAUAUACCCACGCAAAGAGAUAUACACCGAGGGAGAUACUAAUCAGUAAAAACCAAACAAAAUAAAAAAAAAAAAACAAACAAAUUACUGAAAAGAAUAAAAUACCAUAAUAAUCACUCGCGUUAAGAGACACGUAUACAUUACAUACAUACACACAUACACAUAUUAUGAAAAAAAAAAAGCCAUACAUACACACAAUGUUAUAUUUACCAUGGGGCGUGCUAUCCGGGUCUAAAAACCGUACUGUCGCGAGAUCAAACGAGGGACAAUUCGCAUCCAAAGAAUGUCGAGCCGAAUCGUCGAACGACUUGGUAUAUUAUUGUUGUUUCUUCGAAAGAAAAAAGAUACUAUUAUCACGUGGGAGAAGAAUUACAGUGUGUGUGAAGUACAAAAGAAAAGAUGGGAAAAGAAAGAUUUGGAGGAAGAGAUUGAAGGAGAAAUAAAACGUUCGUCGUUCUGGCUCUGCGAGUUGCUUGCACGCGCGUGCCGGUGUAUCAUUAAAAAAGAUCGUCGUUCGAGGAACAUCAAUAAGGAUCGACGAGGAUAUAUGGGUUCUACGAGCAACGUCGUCGGGAAGAUCUAGCUUCCAGGUACACACACACACCUAAUACGAUUCGAAGGGGUUCAGAAUUCUUAGGGGUCGAUGCUGCCAUCCGAAGACUACAAACGCGAAGCUGCUGAACUUGGGUCGGACGAAGCAGAAAAGGGCCUAAAACGAACAUUAAGAAAAACGUGGGACGUGGAAGAGGGAUCAUCGAGACUGCGAACGAAGUGCUAUGCGUAUCUUUGAUGGGAAUAACAGAGCGAGAUGAGGCGACGACGUCAAGGGUUGUAAUGAUUGAAGAAUAAUUAGCAUCGAUGAAGCAUUCCAUGUAGACGUCUUGUGAUAAGGAGAAAUAUUCACGUAGUAGGCAUCCUGUUAAGCAAAAGAUCACUGCGCUAGGUUUGGCUAUGCCCUUGCUAAGAAUUAAAUAGAAAAAGACAAAAAAAGAGAGAAGAAGCAGAAGAAGCAAAAAUAGUAGUGAGAAGAGAAAGAGAGAGAUAUAAAUGUUACAUUAAAUGCAAAAGUUUAAGAAACGAUGACGAGAUAUCAUUGAAAACGUACACUACAGAUAAGACGUCUCGUGACACGCCAUUUAGUCUUUGAAUAGAAACCUAAUUAAUUCCUAAUUAAACGAAGAGAUCAGUACGCUAGAUUGGCACGCCCUAGAAUCAUUUACGACGCGGUGUGGAGACAAGCGAAUUACGUUAAAACGAAAUAAAUCCUUCCCCCUCCCCAAAAAAAUAAACAAGAAUAUUAUAAUGAUAAGAGUAAUUGAAAGCGCGUUCGCAGUACUCAUUUAUUAUUCUUAUCGCAAAGUAAUGUCGUUCGGUUUCAAGUCUUUUAAUCCGAGUAGCUGUCGAAGCCAGAAAUCGCAUCGCGUAGAUAUUUCAGUAGCUCAGUCUCUGCACGAUAAUUGCUACGCGAGAAAGGAUGGAUAAAGAACAUAAUCGUCGAGUUUGGUCCACGAGUUGUGUACCGUUUUGGUUCUGCAAAGGAGGGAGGAGAGGUUAGGAAGCGCGAAGGCGAGCAUCGAAAACGAAGGCGGCAAACGAACAGUAUUAUAAGUAAUUAUCAACAAAACCCAGCCGAGGAAGAUACCGAAGAUACAAAGACACAAAACAAGUGAGAAGAACAGAGAAUUAUUUAAUUGCACGAACAAGCGUACAAGUAAAACGGUGCUCGCACCGACAGGACGGGACAAACGAAUUAGAAGAAGAAAAAAAAAUGUUAAUGGAUUAAUGCCACGAUAGUCGAGGUAACAGGUUAGAAAACAAAACGCUAGUAGAGGAGAGUAAAAAUGAGUUUAGGUGAGCAGCAGAGGAACUGAAACACAGAGAAAAUAAAAAAAAGCAGGACACAGGCAAAACCGUAUAAGAAACACACAAAAAAAAAAAUAAAACAUUCUUACUUAGGCGAAACUAAAAGUAAAGGAACAAAAAAAAAAUAAGAAGGUAUAAAUUCAUUCUCUUAGUUUUUCAUAGGUUUAAAGAAAUGCCAGCGGGACAGCUCGCUAUAAAUCAUAUUGGCCCCCGUACGCAGAACGCCCUGUACCACCAACCCGCGGUCAUCUGUCGUGUGUAUGUGUGUGUCAGUAUCAAGACAAACGCCCCUUCAAAUCAUUUUCUAGGAGCAACAAAAGCGAAACCAAAAAAAAAAGAAGAAAAAAAAACAAAACAAAAAAUGAACGAAGGUGACUUAAAAUGCCUGCCACGCGACUUUUUGGGCCGGGACGAUCCGAGACGCGCGAUGAUCAUCAUGUCAGGUCGUGUUUCGAGCUUCUCCGGGUGUGAAACGUUACCAGUACAUUCUUUCUUUCUAUUCUAGGUUUUCGUUCUCGUUUCUCUUUUUGCCGAUCAUUUUUCGUCCUUGUUGCUCGCUUUCGCGGCUUCUUGUGUAUGUUGUGUGUGUGUAUGUGUGUGCGUUGUGCGAGUGUAUGCGCGCGCUGAAAAAACGUCUACGAUAAAAGUGGACGCUUCGUUUCGAGCGGAGAACUUCGGGGCAAAGAGGAGCGGCAGGUAACGCGUUAACUCGUUGACGAAGGAUCGUUCGCCAUCGUCGUCAUCGAUCGUGUUUGCCAUCGACUCGACGAACCGAUGCGAGGGAACGACCUCGAGGGGUUUACCAGGUUCUUUAGUUCCUUUGUUCCGCCUCGAAUGAAAGGCGAACGGACCGUCGAGGAGGAUUCUAGAUGAUAGACCGAGGGUGACACGCUCGCUCGGCGGCCCUGGCCCCAAAAACUACCCUAAGUGUUCAAUAAUCGAGGUGUUCUUGAGGUGCCGUACACGCGUUAACACGUUCUUCCUUUCGCCAAUCCCACCGAGUUUCGAAUCACAUCACUCGCGAAUCAAAUCUCGACGGUUACGAAUAUUUCCCCAGCCCUUUUGGAAGAUUUUCUUCUGCCCCGUUGGUGCGCGCGACGGGCUGGCCGAAUCGUUCGAGCCGCGUUUCAGAACUUCACCAAUCUCUUACGUUUCCCGCACGAGAGAAAGAGAUUCGGUAGGACCGGCGAAACAGUUUCAAAUUGUUUUUCGAGACACGUGGAUCGCCAUCAGAAAUCCAAUCGGACAAAACGUUUCCUGUAAAAAAAAAAGAACAAAAAUUGAAAGACAAGCAGAAAGAGGGCAGCAGUGUACCGUCGUCGCGUUGCUCGUCGAACUCGGAUCUGGAUUAAACAAAAGAAAUUCUCUGAUCGUAUAAAACGUCCCCGAUUUUCUUAUUCGCAACGAACAAGAAAAAAACGACAUUCGAGAUAGGUUGUUUUGCUAUGAUGCCGCAGAAGGAGAGUUUUCGAUGUCACGUGGGGUAACUUCGUUUCCAUGGUGGUUUUCCUGGUUUCCUACUUUAUGGGACAUCGUUAUGACAUAUAUGUAGCUUCGUGAGUGUAUGUGGUUAGAGAUCGUCAUUCCUGUCACAACGAAAUCGAACAAAAGAAGAAAAUGAGAGAAAAUACAGAUUUUGCCUUCGGCGGAUCCCCGUGUUUCGAGGUAGGGCGCGGAGAAAAUUGAGAAAAGAAUUAGAAUAAGAGGGAAGAAACAUGGAGGGACAAGUAUAGGGGGAGGGGGAGGACGCGAUUGGCUCAUUCGUUUAUGGAAAGGAGUAAUUACUCGCGAUAUAGUGCCGGAGCUGGAUUGCAGGAUCCGUGGUUUGUCGACAGGGUGUUCCGUGCCCGGGGGGCGUAGGAGCCCAAAAAUAAAAAAAAAUAUGCUUUGCCGUCGUGCGCCUCUUUACUUUAGGCUAAGAAUUAAAACAUUAAUAAUAAUAUAAUAAUAAUAAUAAUAAUUAUAAUAUAAUACAUGUUACAAUAAGAUAUUAUUAGAUGUAAUUAUUAUAUAUGGUUUAGUCUAGAUCGUGUUGUUGAAGAAAAAAAACAAAGUACGUAUAAGCGAACAAAAAAAAAGAUGAUGAAGACGAUGAAGAAAGGAGAAGGAAAAGAAGAUAUGAUAAAGUAUGACGGUGCGGAGAGAGAAAGAGAGAACGAAUGAGCGAGAGAGAGAGAGCGAACGAGAGCGAGAAUAAAAAUCAUGGAGAAGUGACGAUGAAAGGUAAUUUCGGUCUAAGACCACAAAUUAUUGCGGCGGACUGAGCGGGACACGGACGAGAAUCCGCGUUUUUUGCUUUUCGUGCCUGAAUCGUUCAUUUUUCUUAGGCAGCAGCUUCGUUUACGAUUGAAAUGUCCACUUGACUUCCGGUGCUUCCCCUACUCGACUAUCAUAACCUACAUGAGGUAAACGAUAAAAGGGGAAGUCCCUGAUUUCCUUGGACAUCUCUGAUUUAUAACCUUCGGCAUGAGCACUCAUUAAGAAUCAGUAAUCGCAUUCAUAAAACCGCAUCGUACAGACAUUCUUAACCUCCUGUUCCGCAAAGCCACGUUAUUCAUUUUUCGAAUUACCUUCUGUAGGUUUCCGGUUAUGCGGCUAGAUUUACGGCCAAUGAAACCUGUUCCCCUAGUUUUAUGACCGUUACAUUUACUGUUUUAUCUUCUAUCAUUAUCUGCAGAUUCAUAGAAUUGGCGAUCCUCGGCACACGAGUCGCAAAUCUUUCGGUUGUCUACAAACGAGUACCUCGAUCGUCGAACUAAACAAUGUCGUAAAAUGAUUUUUCGGGUGAAUCAGCGUAAAAACGAGAGAGAAAGGGAUGCGUGAAUGUGAGGGCGAGAGAACGUAGCAAACGUGUGUUUAAUAUACAGAUCCGUUCGCUUUUUGUUUAACCGCGAUCGGUGAAACCUAAUUGGCCCUACAACGUUCGAAAUCAAAAGCAAUAGAAAUAAUAUGAAACAAGAAUCGCAAGAACGUAAUAAACAAAGAAACAAAAUAUAGUGUCACGAGAAUUUCAAAAGUGAAACGUCACCCCUGCACAGCCCGCCACACUACGGCAGAAUCAUUGAAUGAUUAAAAAAAUUAUAAACAGAAAAAGGAAAAAAAAACAAAAAAUAUGAAUGAUGUUUUAUUAAUAUUGUAAAUAUUUUAAAUAAUUGAAGACGGACAAACAGAUCAUGCGCGAACGGUGAACCCAUCGGAAGUCGGUCCCACUUAAACAGGACCGUCUUUUGCGUACGGGUCCCCUUCUACACUUUUUCUGUUUUUCGUUUUAGCGUCGCAUAUGUUACACACAUACACACACACAUGCGCACGCGCGCACACACACACACUUCACACAAGUACACGCCCAAAAAAAAAAAAAAAAAAUGAAAAAA